GGCCGGGCCCGGGGCGGCGGGGCCGGCGCCUCCGCUCUCCUCCAGCUCCGGCCUAAGCCUGUGCUCGCGCUGCGGCCGUGGCGCCCCUCGGCGCGGCUCCCCGCGCUGCGCGCCCGCUGAGCCCGCUGCUCCCCGGCCCAUGUACUGGAAGCAUGAGAGCGCCGCCCCGGCGCUGCCCGAGGGCUGCCGGCUGCCGGCCGAGGGCGGCCCCGCCGCCGACCAGGCACGGGGAGGCGCUGGGCUCAGGCUGCGCGGAGCCAGUUCUGCAGCCGCCGCCGCCUGCGUUCCCUCCCCCCUCCCCCAGGUGAUGGCCCAGCCCGGGUCCGGCUGCAAAGGGACCACCCGCUGCCUUGAAGGGACCGCGCCGCCCGCCAUGGCUCAGUCGGACGCCGAGGUUCUGGCAGGCGCUCUGGACAAGGAGGAGGGUCGGGCCUCCCCCUGUACGCCCAGCACGCCAUCUGUCUGCUCACCACCCUCUGCCGCCUCCUCCGUGCCGUCCGCCGGCAAGAACAUCUGCUCCAGCUGCGGCCUCGAGAUCCUGGACCGGUAUCUGCUCAAGGUCAACAACCUCAUCUGGCACGUGCGGUGCCUCGAGUGCUCCGUGUGUCGCACGUCGCUGAGGCAGCAGAACAGCUGCUACAUCAAGAACAAGGAAAUCUUCUGCAAGAUGGACUACUUCAGCCGAUUUGGGACCAAGUGUGCGCGGUGUGGCCGGCAGAUCUACGCCAGUGACUGGGUGCGGCGGGCACGCGGCAACGCCUACCAUCUGGCCUGUUUCGCCUGCUUUUCAUGUAAACGCCAGCUGUCCACGGGUGAGGAGUUUGGCUUGGUGGAAGAGAAGGUGCUUUGCCGCAUCCACUACGACACCAUGAUUGAGAACCUCAAGCGGGCCGCCGAGAACGGGAACGGCCUCACGCUAGAGGGUGCAGUGCCCUCCGAACAGGACAGUCAGCCCAAGCCGGCCAAGCGCGCGCGGACGUCCUUCACCGCAGAGCAGUUGCAGGUUAUGCAGGCGCAAUUCGCGCAGGACAACAACCCCGACGCGCAGACGCUGCAGAAGCUUGCGGACAUGACGGGCCUCAGCCGGAGGGUCAUCCAGGUGUGGUUUCAAAACUGCCGGGCGCGACAUAAAAAGCACACACCGCAACAUCCCGUGCCGCCCUCCGGGGCGCCGCCGUCCCGCCUCCCUUCCGCCCUGUCCGACGACAUCCACUACUCCCCGUUCAGCAGCCCCGAGCGGGCGCGUAUGGUCACUCUGCACGGCUACAUUGAGAGUCAGGUACAGUGCGGGCAGGUGCACUGCCGGCUGCCUUACACCGCGCCCCCCGUCCACCUCAAAGCCGAUAUGGAUGGGCCACUCUCCAACCGGGGUGAGAAGAUGAGGAAACAGGCUCAGAGAGGUGAAGUGAGUUGCCCCAGGUCUCACAGCAAGUCAUCCUUUUCCAGUAUUAACGCUGCCAUCACUUCCGCAUCUGUCCAUGGGCACCCCCCAGCUGCCCCUCAGCCGCUGACAUCCAGUGUCCGAGCUGUUGCCAGGGACCCAUCUGCUCUGCAUCUGCCCCUCGUCUGCCAUCCUACCUGCCACCACCAGCUGGGUCCCUGGGCCUGGCUGUCCCCCCUCCUGCAGAGAACCAGAACCCACCAGGAGCACCAUGUAGUGCUCCUCUUGGAAGGCAGAGCUCCCUGAAAUUUGGAAUCAGGGCGAAAACAACAGCCCGUUUUUCCGUUUAAACAGGAGUCAUCUUCGACUUAAGCCAAUUACAAUAGCAAAAGGCCAAAUUGAAUUGGUGCGACGCCAACAGCCUUCUAAUUUACAGGUUUUCUGUCCUCCCAUAUUGGCCUUUAUUUACUACUUCCUGAACCAUCUCUGAAUUCUGAAUAGCUGACAACCCCCAAUGUUAUCCACUCUGUUGCUUUUGUCUGGAAAACUCUACAGUGUUUGUGGGAUGUCCCCAAAGGAAAGCUAUGUUCUAAUUUUAUCAUUUCCAUCUGUCUGGCUAUGUCAUGUUAAUUCAGAGAGAGACGCUGACCAACUCUGAGAGGCCCAAUAGGGCAGAGAUGGAGGCCUGCCCAGACCAAGAGGUAGAGGGAUGGGCAGGGGCUGUGGGGGAGGACAAAGACCCCCUUUGGUUUGGAGAUCAAGGAGAAGAACGUGGCACUUUGAAUUGGGAGAGGCAUUUGCCAUUUUAAGGAGAGGAAAGAGAAAACUUGGUAUGUUGAGGGACUCCCUAUGCCUACCUAUCCAGCACAUAUACAGGAGACAUAGCAGAGAUGAAGUUUGAUCUGUGUGGUGACAUUUCUGAAUGUUUGGGCAUGUGGAAUUGGGAGAUCUCAAUUUUCUGCUUAUUGACUCCUGAUGGGGUGCUUGGGCCCUGUCCUCUUUGGUGUGGACCACGCAUGGGCAGCUGGGGAACCGAGCCCAGGGAAGUGGCAGUCAGAUUUUUCAUUCAGGACCCAUCUCUGCAUAGAGAGAGUGCCCACUGCCUAGGUGAGUGUGCCAUGCCCAGGAUUCCAGCUGGGACUUCUGGGCUUCCCCACCAGCCCUGCCCAGAGCCAGCCCCACCCACUCCUGAGAAUGAGGGCCAGACACAGCUGUGCUCACAUCCACCCUAUCCUGCUGCAACUCUUCACCCCAAACAAAAGGGCUCGGGCUAUACAAGACCAUGAUUUAUGUUUUCAGGGGACACCCAUUUGUCCCAAGCUUAUCCUGUAAUUUUAGAGUUACUUGGUGUCCUGAUGAAUUUCCCACUAGAGGCUGCUCGUAGGCAUGUUUAGCCCAAGUCCUCCUUCCAGCUUCUGUUAACCUGAUAUGUUGCUUUUGGAAGGAGACUCUAGGCCUGGGAAGCAAGUUCAUGGUACAUAUGUAUCUGCUGCCCCUUCUUAUACCCAUGGUAGGCAUCACUAGUUGAUUGUAGCACUCUCUAUCUCACUGAGUCUGAAUAAGGUUUCAGAAUCCCAAUGCUUGAAGUUGGCACUUAAAAUGAAAAUCUAUCUGCCAUUCUUGUUCUGGGACCUGGAGGAGGGCUAGGCACAGGAGCAGCACAAGAAAGGAAACUGCUCACUGUCCCUUCCAAAAAUGGUUCCAGCUGACUCAGGGCAAAGAGAAGGCACCACUCCAAACAUGGUGAGUGCAGCUCGGUUCAGAACUCAUCCAGUGAAUAAGGUGCACCGGCCCUCUUCCGGUGCUUGGGCCUGAUCCCUGGUGAUUGGGAGCUCUAAUCUUUUCUUUCAUUUUGCUCCUGUUGAUUGGAGCCUCAAGCACAACCAUGUGGUAAAAUGGCCAGCUGAACUCUACCCAGGGCCACCCAGUACCCACUCUGCCUUGAAUCUCCCCUGCCUGGGGUCUGUUCCUUGCGUGGAUCAUGUGGUCAUAGCAUGUUGCAGUUCAGACAUGUCUCCACUAGCCUGUUAGAGCAGCCUGGGAAAGCACAGGCCAUCAUGACUAUUUAUUUAAAUACAAAAGGGGAAAACACACAUGGAAAAAAAAAUUGUAAGCACUUUUUUGUAAAACCAAUGUCUGUUUUGUUACAUACCUUUCAUGUUGUGCUUUGUAAAUGUCCUAUUUGUGUAAUAAAUAAAGUUAAUGCAAGUGGAAGUGCUGGCACUUAA